CCAGGAGUCCCAGGGAACCCUGGUGAGCCAGGAUCCCCGGCCAGCCCUCACACCCUGGGGGCCAGCUGGUCUCUCAGAUGGCUGCAGGCUUCGGUGAGAAAUCAGCUGGGAUGAUGGGGUUGAUAUCUGGCAACAGGGGUGAGGCAGGACCAAGAGGGCCUCCUGGACAGCCUGGUCAACCAGGCCCUACAGGGGGACAGGGUGCCCCAGGAGACGUUGGAGACCCAGGAUCCAUGGGCGGCUUUGGUUACAGAGGACCUGAGGGCCCACCAGGAAAAUCAGGACCAGAUGGAGAACCUGGUCCAACCGGAAUAGGCGGAGAGAAGGGAGCCACUGGAUCUGCCGGUGCCAGAGGUUUCCCAGGACUGCCAGGUCACCCUGGACUGAAGGGCUUAAGGUCAGCAGCAACACAUGGAUGA